AUGUCGUCUACAGUACUAGUCAGCGACCUUCCUUCCAACUGCGAGUCCUCCUACGUCUUCACCGAGCUACGUUUGCAAGAAGACGAAGUCGAAGAAGUCUACACUCGAGCGAGAGGAGGCGAGUCCGCCUGGAUAGUCUUCAAGUCCCGCGAGCUCGCCAAGGUAUUCGAGAGUGACCACAAAGGCUACCACUUCGGGGCAACCGGCAAGAAGAUCGCGACUAGCUUCUGGACCGAAGCCAUUCCCGAACACGCCAGCAAUCGCUAUUCCGACUUCGUCCGCGCCCGUGAUCACCAGAUAGACUCGCGCACCGUUGAGAUUACCGGUCUUCCCGCAAAACACACUCUGAGUGACAUGAACAAGUUGCUAGAGUCGGUGCGAGAUCAGUACGUUGAGGCCACCAAGCAGAAUCAACAUCUGAACCCGACCGACUACGGCUACUACGAGCCCAUCAACAUCCUUCAAGUCAAAACACCGGACCCCGGAGUCGGCCUUUUGCAGCUCGCGCAGCCGUGGAUGGCGGUCGAGAUUGUACGCCAGUACGCGGGUACUUACUGGAAGAACGCCACGCUCAACGCUCGGUGCGUUCCCGAUGAAGAGAUGGAUAAAUUGCUUGUCAAUGAGCCCAGCGCCACUGACGUAUCGCUCUUCGUCAAGGGCAUCAAGGUCGGUACGUCAUCGAAGGAGGUUCGAGAGAUCUUCAAGGACUUUCCCAUUCGAGACGUCAACAUACUACCAGGCGGUAAGACGUUCUGCUUCGUCACCGUCCAGCAAGCACACGCAGACUCGAUCCUCGCGCAGUUCAAGAAUGGCGUCAAGUGGCAAGGUCGCACUAUCAAGGUCGACUUAUCGGAUAAGGACAAGAGGAAGAAGAAGGCUGCGUUUGGUUCUGCCGGCGCCACUCCCUUUACUACGCCAGCUCCUCUACCACCUACGGAUACCACGGACUUGAAACUGGAAAACCUGCCAUACGACGUCACAAACCACAAAAUCCUCACCCUGUUCGAGGGCUUCGCUGUCUACAAGGUCGUCAUCAAGCAGGGCUAUGCUUUUGUGGGUAUUCCGACGGGGCAAGUCGGCCGCGCGCUCGACAAGCUGAACGAAACCAUGAUCGGGGCACAAUACAUCAAGGCCAAGGUUGCUGAUCCCCGGAAGAAGUAG